AUGGCGAUUUAUAUAAUAGCAAGAGGGGCUGCUGCCGCCUUUGAGAACAGCUGUUCGGGAACCCUGGGAGGGGGAGAGUGUGAAAAGAAGUGGGGCAGAGGAGGGUCUGAGGUUUGCCUGAAAGCUGGAAUCAGUGGCCCUGCCAACCCUAGAGCCAAGGCUAAUAUCCAGGCCAAGGCAGUGGCUGAGGCAGAACUGAAAACAGGACCAGUGACCAGGGCCAAGCCUGGGGAUGGAGCAGUGGCCAGGACACAGACAGUGACCUACACUGAGGCUGUGCCUAUGACAAGUGAUGUGAACAAGAUGGAAACUAUGGCUAAGACUAGAGUCAUGACUGAGACUAAAGCAAAAUCCCUGGCAGAACCUGGUAUAGUGCACCAAGCCAAGUCAAAGGUGAUGCCUAUGGCCAGGGUCAGUGCUGUGACCAAGUACGAAGUCAAGGCUGGUACUGGAAGUGAAGCCAAUAUCAGAUCCUUUGCCAAGGCUGAUGAUGAGGCCAAUAUUGAAUCCAGACCCCAGAGAAGGAGAAAGGAUGACAUCAAAUUCAGGGCUGGGGCUGGAAAAAGAGCUGGUAUUGUAAUUGAGUCCAGUGAUGAAGAUGAAGAAAAUGUCUGCUCCUGGUUCUGGACGGGAGAAGAGCCUAGUGUAGGAUCUUGGUUCUGGCCUGAAGAGGAGACUCCUUUUCAAGUUUAUAAGCCUCCACCUAAGAUCCAGGAAAAGCCAAAGCCCAUACCGAAACCUGAACUCACUAUAAAGCAAAAAGCAGCAGCAUGGUCAAGGGCCAGGUAUAGUGUGCUAGUCCCAAUAGAGAGAGGGGAGCCAUCCUUGCCUCCAGAAGGGAAUUGGACUCUCGUUGAGACCUUGAUUGAAACUCCUCUGGGGAUUCGCCCUCUGACCAAGAUCCCACCCUAUAAUGGACCUUACUUUCAAACUUUAGCUGAGAUCAAAAGCCAGAUUAGGGAGAGGGAAAAGUAUGGGCCCAAUCCAAAAGCCUGCCGCUGUAAAUCACGUGACUUUAGUUUAGAGCCUAAAGAGUUCGAUAAACUUGUUGCACUACUUAAGUUAACUAAGGAUCCUUUUAUUCAUGAAAUAGCAACAAUGAUAAUGGGCAUCAGUCCUGCUUAUCCAUUUACCCAAGAUAUAAUUCAUGAUGUAGGUAUUACUGUUAUGAUUGAAAACUUGAUCAAUAAUCCCAAUGUUACAGAACACCCUAGAGCUUUAAAUAUGGUAGAUGACAACUCUGAGUCUUCUGAAGAACCAAAACCAGGAGAACCAUACAUACAUCAAGUUUGUAAGGACAUAAUCUCUUCUCCCUUGAACUCCCCUGUACAACUGACUGGACUAAAAUUAUUAGUGCCCCUCAGUGUGAAAUUUGAGGAUCACCAUAUAAUUGUUAAUUACAUUCCAGAUUUCCUCACCUUGUUAAACAAAGGAAGUGUCAAAACCAAGUUUUAUGUUUUAAAAGUGUUUUUGCGCUUGUCUAAAAAUCAAGCCAAUACAAGAGAACUGAUUAGUGCCAAAGUACUGUCAUCAUUGGUUGCACCCUUUAACAAGAAUGAGUCAAAGGCUAAUAUUCUUAGUAUCAUUGAAAUAUUUGAGAAUAUAAAUUUCCAAUUCAAAAAGAAGGUGAAGCUCUUUACCAAGGAAGAGUUCACUAAAUCUGAGCUUAUUUCCAUAUUCCAAGAAGCAAAAGAGUUUGGUCAGAAACUCCAAGACUUAGCAGAACACAGUGAUCCUGAGGUGAGAGAUAAAGUUAUAAGAUUAAUACUCAAACUCUAAAUAGCUAUAUGUUCUCACAGAGCUAUGAAUACUUUUUUGGUGUUACAAUAUGAAGCUAUGCAUAUUAUAAUUGUAAAUUCAAUAUUUAUGUUAUUUGUGUUGAUUGAUGGAGGCAAUUUUAUGCAUACCAAAUGAUCUUGAGAGCUUGAAUGUUUGUUGAUUUUUGUUGUGCUAUAUAAAUUGAGAUAUUUUUAAUCUUUCUGCAACAUGACCUGAUAAUGAACCUUUUCAUCCUGAGUAAGCUAUAUUAUUGUGCUUUAUAUUGACAUAAGUGUAUUCAUUUGAGACUUCAUUUACAUGUUAAUAAAGUUGCAUGCUAAAACUGA